AUGAAGAAUUUCAAGGAGGAAGUGAUAUCCAACAUGCAGAACCAGGAGGCCGCCAUCAGGAAGCUUGAGACACAAGUAGACUACUUAUCAAAGCAAAUUUCAACCCCCAAUCCUCACAGGGGUACCAUGGCAAACCAAAAGGAGGAGUGCAAGGAAAUUACACUCCAAAGUGGAAUGGAAUUGAAAGACACCUCAAAGAAAACUCAAGAGAAGAACGCGGCAGGAGAUCUAAGUGACAAAGAAGAGAGACUUCAGAUUAACAUUCCCUUUCCUGAAGCAUUAGAGCAAAUGCCACUCUAUGCUAAGUUUCUGAAAGAAUUAAUGACCAAGAAGAGAAGUUGGAGGAAUGAUGAAACUGUGGUGUUAACUGAGAAAUGUAGUGCCAUCAUUCAGCACAAACUGCCUCAAAAAUUAAAGGACCCAGGAAGCUUCCAAAUUCCUUGCAUCAUAGGGGAAAUCACAGUUGAAAAAGCCUUAUGUGAUUUGGGAGCUAGUGCAAAUUUGAUGUCCUUAGCAGUGCUGAAAAGAAUGAAGAUUGAGGAAGCCAAACCAACAAGAAUGGCUCUCUAA